AUGGGAACUUUUUCUGAUAAAAGAGGUUUUGGAAAUGAUUAUCUCGAGGGAUCUUACAUUGCAUUAUUUGGACUCGUAAUUAUUUGGGCCACACUAAUUCUCGUUGCUGAGUUUGUUCGUAAGAGGGAACACCUUACCGGCGAAGGUAGUCGUGGAUUUCCAAGAGCGACAGGUGCUGGCGGUGAAGGUGUCUCGGAAGCAUCUGCAUUGUUGACUGGUGAACGUAGAGAGGAGUCGGAAAGUCGUUACGCCAAAACCGCUAAUGCUGCUAGAGAUGCGACAUUAAUGCUGUUGAUUGCAACUGUGGCCACACAAGUUGGACAUGGUGCCACAGCGGCGUCUGCUGUACUUACAUGGAUCUUUUUUGGUCUCGCAAUUCUAUGGAUCCUCUCCGUGCUUCUAUUCGAUCAUGUUGUGAUCCCAUUAGUAUUUGAAGCACUCGCCUUCCCAUUCAUCGUGGCAAUCUUUGCAUUGGCUUUUCGUUCUUAUCAGAAUUAUCCAGAGUAUCCACGUCCUAUUACUCCUCCUUUGGAGUCAACUCAAUUAUACAACUAG